AUGAGGCAUAUUUAUUUUGGAAAAGGAUCAGGGCCAGCUUUGAUGAAUAAUGUUGACUGUGCCGGAUCAGAAGACCAUAUAAAUAAUUGUUCCUAUAACUCUCCCAAUUUAUAUUGCGAUUGGGAUGAAGACAUUUCCUUAUUAUGUACAGAAUGUGGAGUCAUCGACAUCAAGAAAGGAAACAUAGAAUCAUAUAAUUCAUCCACAAAUGUACUGACUGUUGACUGCCAUUCAGGAAUAACCAUUGAAUACAUAUGCCUCAACAAUGGAACGUGGAUGACCAAUGAAGAAUGUCCUUUCCUUCAAGAUAUACGACUUGUUGACGGAGUCGGCAUUUACGAUGGUCGAGUCGAGGUUCUAUACAACGGGACAUGGGGAACCAUAUGCUAUAACAACUAUCGUACUCAAAACACACGCGUCAUUUGUAGAAUGCUUGGGGCAUCUCGUUAUACGGAGUCGGCACACGCAGGCGGGAUUGGUCCUAUUCAUAUUGAAAACCUAUAUUGUGGAGGCAACGAAAUUAAUCUGACUGCAUGCGUAUACGAUGACCGUGAUGAAUGUUCGCACAGCAACGACCUUGGAGUUACAUGUUGUCUAUCAAACAUACCUCUAAACGUGACGGGUGUUCGCCUUACCAAUGGAACCAGUAAAUAUGACGGCCGUGUAGAAAUCCAGGAAAACUACGAUUACUGGGGAACAGUAUGUGAUAGAGAUUUCCAUUAUUCAGUCGGGAAUACGCUUUGUCGAAUGAUGAACAUGUCGCUAUUGGACUAUUAUGGCGGAUCUAAACAUGGACCAGGCACAGAUCUAAUGAGCUUCAGUAAACUUCGUUGCGCUGAUGACGACUAUCACAUAAGGAAUUGCUAUCAUUCGACUUGUUACUAUUGCAGUUUAUCUCAAACAGUGUCCCUACUAUGCUCAGAAUGCGAACCUCCGAAAGAAGACGGAGAAGUAACAUACUCGACAAACGGAACCAUUGCAACGGUGCAUUGUCACUUUGAGUAUUUGCCGGAUGAUCCUGUAAUUGAAUGUAUCGAUGGGAAUUGGUCGCAAAAUGGAGUCUGUGAUUUUUACGGUCCUACGUUAAACAUAUCGUCUGUACGUCUUGUUGAUGGUGACGGAAUUUAUGAAGGUCGUGUAGAGAUUGAGGUUAACGGAACAUAUGGCACCAUUUGUGAUAGCUUAUUUGACCUGGAUGACGCAGAAGUGAUAUGUAAGACCUACAAUCGAAGUUUCGGCGCGGCUUAUUACUUUACGGGAGCUAGAUUUGGGAAAGGGUCCGGUCCAAUUCAUAUUGAUCGGCUCUUUUGCGGCAAAUUGGACACGUCACUUUUCCAAUGUCCAUAUCAUUCAAUCGGGUUCUGUGAUCAUUCAAGAGAUGUUUCGCUCGUGUGCAAUGAAUGCGGUCAACCGGAUAUUGCCUUUUGGGGAAUCGGAUAUUUCACAUACAGUGGCGCAGCUUUGUACGCCGACUGUUCAUAUUUUAGGACUUACGUUGGUGAAUUAAAAAUGACGUGCGACCAUGCAAACAGAACAUGGGUUACAGAAGGGGAAUGUAAACAAUUCAGUAGACCACUCAAUAUACAAGACGUUCGCCUUUUUGGUGGCCAGAGUGAAAUGGAAGGAAGAGUUGAGAUCAAGUCCAUGGAUAUUUGGGGCACUAUUUGCAAAGAUGGAUUUGACAUGAAAGAGGCUGAUGUUAUUUGCAACAUGAUUGGCUUCCCUCCAGCACAAGCCGUGUAUUUGAAUGGUGAAUAUGGCGCAGGUACAGGGCCGAUAUUUGUCGACGAUCUUUCAUGUGAUUCAUCGGACACACACAUUAACAAUUGUUCGUAUGUAACAUACGAUGACUGUUUACACCUGCACGAUGUUGGCGUAAAAUGCACAAGAUGUGAUGAUCCUACGCCAAAUCAUGGCUCAAUCAACGGGACACAGUUUUCAUUCGGCACAGUUUUAGAAGUAUCUUGCGACUACGGACACUACUUAAUAGGCGAUCAAUACAUAACUUGUCAGGGGAACGCUACAUGGAGUAGUAGACCGGAAUGCCAUCUAAUUGAUUGCGGCGACCCAACACCAGAAAACGGGAGGAGCAAUGUUUUACAGACCACAUUAAAUGAAGUUGUAAACAUUGCGUGUGACGAGGGGUAUAACAUCUCGGGGAGCUCAGUAAUACAAUGUCAAGAGAAUCUGCAGUGGUCAGAUGACACAACAUGUGUUAUUGUGGAUUGUGGGCCAUUAGAGGCUGAACAUGCACGGGUUGAUAUUGAGAAUGUUACAACGUAUGGCGAGAUAGCCCUUGUUAGCUGUGAUACUGGUUAUCUACCUCAGGGGACAACUCCAGUCGAAUGUCGUGCGAACGCAACGUGGAGUGGCAUUCCUUCCUGUGAAAUUAGAGAAUGUGGAGAUCCAACCCCUAACAUGGGCCAGAGGAACACCACCGUAACCAAGUACGGAACUAUUGUAUUGAUAUCAUGUGAAGAGGACAUAGAGAUAACUGGUAACCCAAUCAUAGAAUGUCAGGCUGACGGAACCUGGAGCGAUAUUCCAGUCUGUGACUCUUCAGACUGUGGGCCACCAUCCAUUGCUAACGGACAAGCCACAACAUCUGGUGACACAACCUUUGGAAACAAUGCAACAAUUGUUUGCAACGCAGGUUACUCGCUUGAUGGCUCUGGUGAAAUCCUAUGCACAGUCUUUGGAUGGGAAAACGUGUCGUGUGUGCUUCAAGAUUGUGGAAAUUUAACUAUCGAAAACGGCGAAGUUCUCAUCUAUACUGGAACCAAAUUCGGAGACAGCGCAGAUGUGCAUUGUCUGCUCGGAUACAGUCUUAAUGGGGACUCUAGAAUAACCUGUUUGGAUGGAGGCGAUUGGAGUGACUACCCGAAAUGUGACAUAACAACUUGUCCUGAAAUUGAAACAUUGAUAAACGGUUUUAUUGACGAGCCAUGGUCAAGAACAUUUGGCUCCACCGUUACGUUUCAAUGCAGUGUUGGGUUUCUUCUGGUUGGAGAAAUGUCCAUAAAUUGCGAAAGUUCCGGAGAAUGGAGCACCGACUUUCCAACUUGUGUGAAGAAAUCACCCAUCGGCGGAGUUUGUGUCGACAAAAAUUACUGUUUGGCUCCUAAUGCAGAAUGUGAUGAAGGCGUUUGUUCCUGCAAGACUGGUGUUUAUGAUGACAGGACAAACCACUGCGACAGAAUGCCACUAUUUCGUUUUCACAACGACUCUUCAAAAAACGUUGCCGUCACGCAACAAUGUAGUAACCCUAUUAGAUUUCCACCAGGAAUACCCUUGUUCGAUCGGAUAAGAUACGAAAUAUAUGUUUGCUCUAGCGGAUACGUUAGUUUUGAUAAACCACACACCAACCCUACACCUCCGAACACCAGUGGCCUUACUGAUAGCGAUGGCAAUGGCUUCGACGAUGUUCCAAUUAUCGCUGUGUUCUAUGCUGAAAUGAACACACAAAGAUCCCAAUCAAUUUCAUAUCGAACGAUUGAUAUUUUGCAUGACUUUCCAUUCAGUGACGAACAGGAAAGAGAUAUCGAAAUGGUCAGAUAUAUCGUUAGAAAAUUCGAGUAUUUGCCAUCAUUUGAACCGAGGUUUCUGCUUAUUGCCGACUGGAACAAGGUUUCACCGCUUCAGAAUACAUAUCAGUCUUCAUCAAUAACGAGGGAUAUCGUAGAAAGGUAG